AUGGCGAAUCCUCCUCACGGCGGCGAACUCAAGGAUCUCAUUGCCAGAGAUUUGCCACGCCACCAAGAGCUCGCAGCUGAGGCCGAAACUCUACCAGCUAUCGUUUUGACCGAGAGACAACUGUGCGAUCUUGAGCUCAUCCUCAAUGGAGGCUUCUCUCCCCUUGAAGGGUUCAUGAACGAGAAGGAUUACAAUGGCGUCGUUGAGAGCAAUCGAUUGGUCGAUGGCAACCUUUUCAGCAUGCCCAUUACUCUCGAUGUUACCAAGGAGCAGGCUGAGGAGCUAUCCGUGAAGCCGGGGGCAAGAAUUACCCUCCGCGAUUUCCGUGACGACCGAAAUUUGGCCAUCAUUACCGUUGAUGACCUUUACAAACCAGACAAGCAAAAGGAAGCCAAGGAGGUUUUUGGUGGAGAUGAGGAGCACCCAGCGGUGAAGUAUCUUUACAAUACUACCCACGAAUAUUACAUUGGUGGAAAGUUAGAUGCUAUCAACCGCCUCGAGCAUUACGAUUAUGUUGCCCUCAGAUUUACCCCAGCGGAGAUGCGAUUGCACUUCGAUAAGCUUGGCUGGUCCAAGAUUGUCGCAUUCCAAACUCGAAACCCCAUGCACAGAGCUCACCGAGAAUUGACUGUUCGCGCUGCACGAGCUCGUCAAGCAAACGUCCUCAUCCACCCUGUUGUUGGUCUCACAAAGCCAGGAGAUAUUGACCAUUUCACUCGUGUCCGUGUCUACCAGGCCCUGCUUCCAAGAUACCCCAAUGGAAUGGCUGUUUUAGGCCUCCUUCCUCUUGCCAUGCGUAUGGGUGGCCCUCGUGAAGCCAUCUGGCACGCCAUUAUCCGCAAGAACUUCGGAGCCACUCACUUCAUCGUUGGGCGUGAUCACGCCGGACCAGGCAAGAAUAGCCAGGGCGAGGAAUUUUAUGGCCCAUAUGAUGCCCAAUAUGCCGUUGAGAAAUAUAAGAGCGAGCUUGGUAUCGAGGUUGUUCCCUUCCAGAUGAUGACAUACCUUCCUGAUAGCGACGAGUACCGGCCCAAGGAUGAGGUCCCAGCAGGAAUCAGAACUCUGGAUAUCUCAGGUACCGAGCUCCGAAAUCGUCUGCGAACAGGUCGCGAGAUUCCGGAGUGGUUCUCCUACCCCGAAGUCGUCCGCGUCCUGCGAGAGUCCCACCCUCCACGGUCGGCGCAAGGCUUUACCGUCUUCCUCACUGGAUACCAGAACAGUGGCAAAGAUGCGAUCGCACGCGCUCUCCACGUCACGCUCAACCAGCAAGGAGGCCGCUCCGUCUCCCUUCUCCUUGGUGAGACGGUCCGCGCUGAACUCUCCUCCGAGCUUGGAUUUAGCCGUGCUGACCGUACCCGCAACAUCGGACGCAUCGCUUUUGUUGCCUCGGAACUGACACGUGCUGGUGCAGCGGUCAUCGCCGCUCCCAUUGCACCAUUCGAGGAUGCCCGCCAACACGCCAGGGAAUUGGUUGAGAAGUACGGUGAUUUCUAUCUCGUGCACGUCGCGACCAGCCUCGAGCAUGCCGAGAAGACCGACAAGCGCGGUAUUUAUCAGAAAGCUAGAAAUGGCGAGAUCAAGGGCUUCACCGGUGUCGAUGAUCCCUAUGAGGACCCCGCCAAGGCAGACCUGACUGUUGACAUUGAGAAGACGAGCGUGAGGAGCGCAGUGCAUCAAAUUGUGCUGAUGCUUGAGAGCGCAGGAUUGUUGGAUCGUUUGUAG